AUGACCGGAGCACAGAAGGCAGACGCCCACAAGCCCUUUUGGAAGACCCUCAGCAACGAGCGUGGAGAGAAGCGGUUUCCUUUCACCCUAUAUGAAGAAAACCAGUCAAAGUUCAAGGCGGUUUUGGGCCCAGGAGGCGGUUUUGGGGUUGGGUGUGGUGUGGGAAUUGGGGUUGGGGUUGUAGGUGGGGCCGGGUACGGUGGUGGGCCGUGGAACCAUCUCAACCUUGCGUUUGGUGUGGGUAUGGGCUGUGGAAUUGGGGUUGGGUUCGGUUAUGGAAAUGGGUUUGGGCUUGGGCUUGGGCUUAGUGAUUUUGAGGCUCGGUUUCUCGGGAAGAGAAAGCGUGAUUCCAAAUGGAUUGUAAUUGAUGUCUGA